CCAUGUUUAUCCAUGCCAUACUCGUUGGCUUGCUUGCACGGCAUACGUUUGCUCAAACGAAACAAGACACUUUUGUAAAGGGUAAACCGGAUAAAAUACCCAGUGCAUUCUCUACAGUAGCUCAUGUAGACAUGGACCUUUUUGCCAGGCCUGAGCUCAAAGUUGUAUUUGGAAGAAACUGGAUCAAUCAAGACGAGCUGAUGGAUAUAAAGACCAAGAAUGGCGCAUCGGUUAUGAUGAUGAAGCGAACGCAGGAUGGAAGCCAAGCAUUGUUUGCUUGUCUGAUUCCGAAUACCACCAUAAUAGAUACUCCUGGCUUGGGAUCUUCUAAACUGUCUACUCUUCCUGCUGAAUCCAGCUCCAAAACAGGUGCGAGCUCGAGCAGUACAACUGAUAACGUGCUAUUUCGAAAUGAAGCCACGCAGGCUGGACUGAAACUCAUCAAAUCUAUCAAGUGUAUUUAUUUUAUCCCCGGUGGAUACUGGACAUAUGAGUUGUGUGCCAAUGGCAACGUGCGACAAUUCAACCAUGCAGCAGAAAAGGCUAAAGCAGCAAAGACGUCAGAAGGUGAACCUACAGAGUAUAUCUUGGGUAAAUCUACAAAGAUCAAAUUGCAGGAUGUCGUGCUGAAGAAGGAAAGCGGUGGAUCGGUGUGGGUUCUGAAGGAGGUUUGGAGUGGCGGCACGCAUUGCGAUAUUAUAGGAUCUGCAAGAGAGGUUACUAUUGAGUAUCAAUGCUCACAAAACAGUGGAGAUGUAAUUUCUUCAUUAAGAGAAGUAUCGAGCUGCAAGUAUUAUGUGGUUGUUCAUACAUCUCGUCUGUGUCGCGACCCAACAUUUGUUCAUCAAGUAGCGCAUCAAACGCCUUUGAUUGAGUGUCAUCCAAUGUCUCCUCUUCAAAACACUCUUACUGACAAAUCAGAUGCCUCGUCUACAGUACAUACGACUUCCGAUUCCAAAGGCUUGCAAGAACCCGAUGAGAAGAUCGAUUCGCUACCGCAGAUCAAGAAGCCUGCACCGAAACUACCUUCAAUGACAGGUAUUCAAAUUUUGAAAUACGAGCACGAUCUAAAGCGAUCGCCAUUUGCUGGUCCACUAGUGGUUGAUUUGGACAAGGAAGACACAUCCAAAGUAGAGCUGAAUAAGCCCGUUACAGUCAAGGAUGCGAAUGGUGUCAUCAGCAAGAUCCACGAUGAAACUGAUGUAACAGCAAAGCUCCGAGUCAUUGUUGAGGACACUAAACACACUGCUGAUAAGAACCAGCCCAACAUUUUUUCAAAAUUCGAAACUACCAGCAGUGACAAUAUCAAUGAUGUUGACAAGGAGAUACUGAGUGAUCUGCUUCAACAGGCCGCAUCAGAACUUCAACUGGAUCAAGAUACAAUUGAACAGGCCAUUGAAUCGUUACAAAAACUGAUACAGAGCGGAAUUGAAGAUCUGUUGGAUACUGAGAAUAUGGAUGAUUUUUGGCCACUACUUGGAGAAGACAUACAGCAUGAGAAGCAUUCCGACUCGCAAGACACGGUGGAUGAAUCGGGCGAUUCGAUAAAGAGCGAGGAAAAGAAAUCUGGCAUACGCUACAAACUGAAGGCAGGAAUCAAGUCCAAACCUGCUGACAAUCCAUCUUUUAAAAAAAACAAACCCAAAGAGUCUGACGAGCAAGAUUUAAAUCCAGAGUCGAAGCACGAGUAGAUCACACGCUAUAACAAUAAACUAAUGUGCGAGUCAUGUUCAGCAAACAGAUAUAGUGGG